GGCCGGGAGGCGGCGGCGGAGCAGGCUGCGCGCUCGGCGCCGACGGGUGCGCGCCGCGGCUUGGGGGAGAGUUGAGCGCUUUUCCCCCCUCUUUUUUUUUUUUUUCUUUUUUUUUUUUUUCUCCUCUUCUUCUUAAACAAACCACAAACGGAUGUGAGGGAAGGAAGGUGUUUCUUUUACUCCUGAGUCCAGACACCUCUCUCUGUUCCGUCUAAGCUUGUUUUGCUGAACACUUUUUUUAAAAAAAGGAAAAGAAAAGGAGUUGCUUGAUGUGAGAGUGAAAUGGACGUAAGAUUUUAUCCACCUCCAGCCCAGCCCGCCGCUGCGCCCGACGCUCCCUGUCUGGGACCUUCUCCCUGCCUGGACCCCUACUAUUGCAACAAGUUUGACGGUGAGAACAUGUAUAUGAGCAUGACAGAGCCGAGCCAGGACUAUGUGCCAGCCAGCCAGUCUUACCCUGGUCCAAGUCUGGAAAGUGAAGACUUCAACAUUCCACCAAUCACUCCUCCCUCCCUCCCUGACCACUCACUGGUGCACGUGAAUGAGGUCGAACCCGGUUACCACUCUCUGUGUCACCCAAUGAACCAUAAUGGCCUGCUACCAUUUCAUCCACAAAACAUGGACCUACCUGAAAUCACCGUCUCCAAUUUGCUGGGACAGGAUGGAGCACUGCUUACUAACUCCAUUUCUGUGAUGCAAGAUAUACGGAAUCCAGAAGGAACUCAAUAUAGCUCCCACCCUCAGAUGGCAGCCGUGAGACCAAGGGGUCAGCCUGCAGACAUCAGGCAGCAGCCAGGAAUGAUGCAGCAUGGCCAGCUGACCACCAUCAACCAGUCACAGCUAAGUGCUCAGCUUGGCCUGAAUAUGGGAGGAAGCAGUGUCCCCCACAACUCCCCAUCUCCACCCGGAAGCAAGUCUGCAACUCCUUCCCCGUCUAGUUCGGUGCAUGAAGAUGAAGGUGAUGAUACCUCUAAGAUCAAUGGUGGAGAGAAGCGACCUGCGUCUGACAUGGGGAAAAAGCCAAAAACCCCAAAAAAGAAGAAGAAGAAGGACCCCAAUGAGCCUCAGAAGCCUGUGUCUGCGUAUGCAUUGUUCUUUCGUGAUACUCAGGCUGCCAUCAAGGGCCAAAAUCCAAAUGCUACCUUUGGUGAAGUCUCUAAAAUUGUGGCUUCAAUGUGGGAUGGUUUAGGAGAAGAGCAAAAACAGGUCUAUAAAAAGAAAACCGAGGCCGCUAAGAAGGAGUACCUGAAGCAACUAGCAGCCUACAGAGCCAGCCUUGUAUCCAAGAGCUACAGCGAACCUGUUGACGUCAAGACCUCUCAACCUCCUCAGCUGAUCAACUCAAAGCCGUCAGUGUUCCAUGGGCCCAGCCAGGCCCACUCAGCUCUGUACCUAAGUUCCCACUACCACCAACAACCAGGAAUGAAUCCUCACCUAACUGCCAUGCAUCCCAGUCUCCCAAGGAGCAUAGCCCCCAAGCCGAAUAACCAAAUGCCAGUGACUGUCUCUAUAGCAAACAUGGCCGUGUCCCCCCCUCCUCCCCUCCAGAUCAGUCCACCUCUUCACCAGCAUCUCAACAUGCAGCCGCCCCAGCCACUCACCAUGCAGCAGCCCCUUGGGAACCAGCUCCCCAUGCAGGCCUUACACUCACCGACCAUGCAGCAGGGAUUUACUCUUCAACCCGACUAUCAGACUAUAAUCAAUCCUACAUCCACAGCUGCACAAGUGGUCACCCAAGCAAUGGAGUACGUGCGUUCUGGGUGCAGAAACCCUCCCGCCCAGCCGGUGGACUGGAAUAACGACUACUGCAGUAGUGGGGGCAUGCAGAGGGACAAAGCGCUGUACCUCACCUGAAAGUCUGAACACCUCUUCUUUCCACUGAGGAAUUCAGGGAAGUCUCUUCACCGUGGAUUGCUUUGUACAGUCAAGGCAGUUCUCCAUUUUAUUAGAAAAUCCAAGUUGCUAAGCACUUAGGACCAUUUGAGCUUGUGGGUCACCCACUCUGGAAGAAAUAGUCAUGCUUCUUUCUUAUUUUUUUAAUCCCUUAUGGACAUUGUUUUUCUUCUUCCCUGAAGGAAAUUUGGACCAUUCAGAUUUUAUGUUGGUUUUUUGCUGUGAAGUGCUACGCUAUAGUAACUGCCUUAGCAACUGUAGAUGUCUCGGGUAAAAAGUCCUGGAUUUUCCAUUGGUUUUCAUAAUGGGUGUUUAUAUGAAACUACUAAAGACUUUUUAAAUGGCUUGAUGUAGCAAUCAUAGCAAGUUUGUAAAUAGCAUCUAUGUCACACUCUCCUAGAGUAUAAAAUGUGAAUGUUUUUGUAGCUAAAUUGUACUUUGAAACUGGCUCCUUCCAGUUGAUUAAUUUCACAAUAGGGGUUAAAUUGGCAAACAUUCAUAUUUUUACUUCAUUUUUAAAACAACUAAUAGUUCUAUAUUUUCAAAAUAUUUGAGAAAAAAAAAAACGUAUUCCCAAAUGAUUUUAAUUUAAAAACAAAUUGGCCUUGUCUCAUUGACCAGACAAAAAGAAACUAGUGUUAAGGGAAACGCGAACACAUUUAUUUUGUACUGCAGAAAAAUUGCUUUUUUGUAUCACUUUUUGUGUAAUGGUUAGUAAAUGUCAUUUAAGUCCUUUUAUGUAUAAAACUGCCAAAUGCUUACCUGGUAUUUUAUUAGAUGCAGAAACAGAUUGGAAACAGCUAAAUUAUAACCUUUACAUAUGGCUCUGUAUUAUUGUUUCUUCAUACUGUGUCUGUAUUUAAUCUUUUUUUAUGGAACCUGUUGCGCCUAUUUAUGAAAUAAUAAAUAUAGGUGUUUGUAAGUAAAUUUGUUAGUAUCCGAAAGAGGUUUCUUUGAUGUUUUAACUUUUGCUGGCAAAAAAAAAAAAAAAAAUUCACGCUUGGUGUGAAUACUUUAUUAUUUAGUUUUUACAGUGACAUGAAUAAAAGCGAACCUACUUUUCAUUUUAGCAGCAAA